UCUAACACUGUUGCGGCGUCAAGGAGUUUGUUUAAAAAUUAUUAUUUUCUGUUUGUAGAAAUGGAUUUACCGGCCACAUAUUACGGCCAGCUCGACAGAAAAAACCCUGUUGUUUCCAGUUUCAGACGAGAAACUGAAUCAUUUUUAACGCUAAUGAAACAAGUUAGCUCGACGACGAGCCGUGACCCCAGCUCGCAUGCUAAAGGGAUUAAAAUGCUGAUGGAUAUACGGAAGAAGUACAAACACCGACUGCCAGAGAAGUUCUACCAGGAGCACAUGUUGCAGGUUGCAGAUAUUCUUUGUGGAUUAAAGCUGUACCAGCUGGCUCUGUGGCAUGGCUACAGUCUAUACCUGCUGCAGUUGAGCUCAGUGCAAAUGACUGACGUGACAGAUGUGGACCACUUCAUGGCCUCCUUUUUCCCAGAAGGAUUUGAUUUGGAACAAGGCACCUUUGCACUGAAGACCCAUGCAAUGCUUGGUUGUGCCACUUGCAUCUUUGAGGAAGAGAAAAAGUGCAGCAACUUCAGCCAGAAGGGACUCUGUAAACUGCUGAAAGUGCUGAACUUCAUCAGGAUCAUGAUGCAAGCAUUUCAGCAGCAUGAACAUCUAUCCUGGCAGAUAUAUAAUGGUUCAUUGUCCAUCUACAACAUCUGCCGUUACUUGAUGACUAUGAACUGCAGUUCGCAGGCACUGGAGUACCUUCUGUGGGCGAGUAUCAGCUUGGAGAUCUCCAUCCCUUUGAUGACAGCCAGAUAUCUACCACUGAUUGCCACACUCUACUGUUCAGUCUGCCAGUGUUACUAUGACAACCAGAAUGAAGUGCAAGCAGAGGAAUUUGCUAAAAGGGCCCUUGGAAAAAUAAAUGAGCAGGCUAAGCUGGAGCAACAGACUGAUGUCACCAACAGAGAAACUCAGAAAGUUCACAGAGAAGCUUCUGUGAAGCUUGCUGUUCUGGUGUUCAAACGGGCAGUCUUUGACAGCAGAAGAAGACCUAAAGUCAUGCUAAGAGGCAAAACCAAAAACACCCUCAAAGACAUCCCCAAUGCGCCAUGGCCUCGUACCCCAACAGAGCAGAUGCUGAUUGGCCAGUUUGACUGCACUGCAGGACAAUUUUUGGGCAUUUUGGAGGCUCUUUGGGACAGCAGCACACGUCCACUGCAAAUGAAGAUGCCAUAUGAUGCAGAGCUGCUAGAGGUGGUCCUUGAGCUCCUCUCUGCUGGCAUGAGUAUCUUAUCUGGAGUCACAAGUACCAGGGACCAAAGGUCUGAUGAUCACCAAUGCCUAUCUCCGAACAUAUUGACAUCAGCAUCCACUCUAAUGAAUUUAGCAAUUAAAGGUGAGAACAAAGUGCCUUUCGUGUCUGCAGUUAGAUUCAUCAAACUGUUGUUUAAGUUCAAGCAGCCUGAAGCGUUCUCAGAACUCACCAAGGAGAUGCUGCACUAUUUGUCUGGUGUGGAAGGUCAGCCUUUCAGAAGGGCAGAACGUGAGCUCACCUUGCUCCACAGUUUCAACAAGCUGCUGUUUUCUCAGGGAGACCAUCCCAAAGAGGACAAAAAAGAUGACAAGCAAAGAUUCUCUUCCAUCAUGAGCGAUGAGCUUAUUGGCUUAAUCGACGCCCUGCGUGUGUCUGUUUGUGGCUCUGAACCUGAACUUCAUCCAGAUCCAGACCUUGUUUACGACACUUUGGUAUUCCUGUGGAGAAAACUAAAGAUGAUCAUGCAACGCCAUUACCUGGAAGCCCCAGAAUCGAUGCAUGACCAACAGAAGAUGGACUGUUAUGACACGUGGCUGUGGUGUCUAUCUGUGCUGUGUGAGGUGGCCCUUGCUUGUGAGCUGGCCAGUGUUGACUGCAUUAUGACGGCAGAGAUGAUCUGCAUGUUGGGUAGACGGCUCGAGAAAGCAGCUGACUGUAUUAAUCAAACGCAGGGGUCAGCUUGUGGAAGAUAUGACGAUGGGACGUUAAGCUCUUUUUCUCUUCUCAAGAAGUCAAACACAAAGCUGCUAAAGAAGGUGUGUGAAGUGACGAAGAAGGGUCUUGAAGCUUUGUCCAAGGGUGUCUCUGCACUGAUUCCACGAGAUCACUCAGCUAUCACCGACACCGCCUGCAUGCAGAAAUGUAUGUCUCUUCAUCCCUUGAAUGCAUCUUCAACACCAUCAGAAGAGCAAAAUGGAACAGAUGAAAACAUUGUAAAGGUAGAAGAAGAAAAGGAAAGUGAGUCAGAAAAUGAAGUCUGUCAGGAGACAGAGUCCAAACGUUUGUUUAUGCUGGCCAAGGACUUCCAUCUAGAGCUAGAUAUCAUCUACCACAAGGCUUCUGUGAAGUUACUGCUGCUAAAUGAAGUUACAGAGUCUGAUCUGCUUGAUCGGAUCAAGAGGAACAAGGUGUCCAAAGCUCAUUUAAUGAUCCAGAAAGCAUCAGUGGAGCACAGCAGAGGGGGGGCAAAUGAAAGCAGCAAGAUCAAAAAUCUGCUAGAGGAGGCCUCCAUCUUGAUAGAAAAAGCCAAGUUGGAGGAGAGAAAAAUAUAUAUGGCCACUGUUAAAAAUCUAGCCCAAAAGAAGAACAAAGCAGGACCUGGGGAGAACUCUCCACCUCCCCCAAUUCUAAUCUCACGAACUGACCACUCCUUUACUUUUGCUCCUGCUGCGUAUGACUUGGAAAAACAGGUGAGCUGGUACCAGCUUUGUGGGCGAGCCGUCCAGGGUGUUAACUGGAAAGUCCGCCUUAGUGAUUGCAGUAUACCAGGAACUGGGAAUAUGGUGCCAGUGGUUUCUGGUGAGUGCUUGCUCAUGGUAGAGGGUCUGCAGUCCAACCAGAAGUAUGUGUUUGCUGUAGCGGCCUAUGACAGCCAGGGGAAGCUACUGGGCAACGCUAUAGGGGACACAACCUUACCAGUGCUGGCAUGCAUGCCCGCCCCACUGCUUUCCACAUGGGCUCACUUGGCUCAGCUUUGUUGCCUUCUCUCCCAGGUGGCAUUUCAAACAGAGCAGUACGCUAUAGCUAAAAGAGCCUGCAAUAAACUGUGGAGUCAUUACACAGAUCCCCAACGUUUGUCCAACAGCAAGCACAACAGAUUUGCUUCCACUGGGCUGCACAAGGAGACCCUACAACACUGUUCUCCUCACCUCUGCCAGAUGUUCCUGACCUCCAUCUUCACUGAGACAGAGAUUAACAUUCAACAGGCUUCUCUCCAUUGGGAUUCAUUCAGUGACAGUGGACCAUUUAUCUGGGAACAGGAGGCCAGAUUGGCAGAGUGCGAGCGGAUGCUGCUGGCCAUGGACUUGGCGAUAUAUUUGAAUGACGGCGGGACUGCUUUACGAGCAGUAGUUACCUGCUACAGGCUUUUGACUCCUCUGAUCUACCAUCAGAUCACUUGCUUUUCUGUGGUGCAAGUGCUAAGAAAGUGUUUGGUGGUUUUGGAGGAGAAUUCUUCUUUUCUGAAACAAAGAUGGACCGGAAGCUCCUCGGAGUCCCUUUUGCACAUGGUUGCCUGCAUCACUUACUAUGUGUCAAAGGUACUACGUGUGUUAAGGAAAUAUCAAUCAGCUGUUGCUGUGCUUGAUUGUGGGCGCAAUCUGCUUCAGGAGGUCUUUGAUGCACAUUUUAAAGAUAAAGCAGUGGCCCAAGCUGCAGCUGAAAGCCAGAGGAAGAUAAGCCACCAGAUAAAAGCGCUGCAUGUCAAGAGCAUAAAUAGCAUUUUAUCCGAGGCAGAUCUUAGUACAGACACUGAGAAUUUAUUGGUUACCAUUGAAGAUCCCACUGUACAGUAUCACCUGUUCUCCAGCUGCACACUGAAGGAUACCUAUGACAACCUGAUGAAGGUCAGACGAAAAAAAUACUUUCUUGAGUUUGCGGCAGUACUUCUACAGAGGACCAUGGAAGAAAGCAGCCCAGACGUCGUGCUGGACUGGGGACAAAGCAUUCUUCAGGUUCUCUCCAGACGAGAUGAAAUUUUGGGACUAUCCAUAAAACAUUUGCAGGAAAACGGCAAACAUGAAAAAGGAAGUAGUCCCCUGGCUACAAAAAAAAGCAAAACACCUCAGCAGAACGUGCCCACACACACGGAUAUAAGAAGGAAGCUAAGGAGGAAACUACCACACUGCUUGCAAUUGAAUCUGAGAACUAACAGAGAGAUGCAUAUUGUGGAGGAUUUGCUGGGUAUAAUCUCUUCUAUAGUGCAACGCCACAAGAAGCUGCUUCACCUCAGGAACUUAAUAGCUGAGGAGAGACCAUGGAGAUCUCUCAUUAAUUACUGCAUGGCUAUGGCACAUUUAGCAAAGUUUUACCAGGCCCUGGAGCUGAUGCAAGGAGGACAACUGGAGAAAAGGUACAGCCAGCUUGAUGCCUGGUGGUUCUCUCUCGCCUUCACCGGCGUCAUAAUGAAGAAGGAUUCUCUGCCCUCUUCUAACAAUAAAGUGGAAUUAAAAAGGGACUCCAGCCUUUUAGAUGAUAUAAUGGCUCCGAAGAAUGACAGGAUACAAGAGGAGGCUGUCAGAAAUAAUGUCUCUGUGACUAAGGACAUUCUUGAUGAGAGAGAAGGCUCCUUUCAAUGUGUGGAACAUCACACAGAGUCACAGAUAAGCGGUUCUAACUUACUACUGGACUCAGUUAAAAAUGCUGCUUUAUAUCUUCGCAGAGCAAUGGUGCUGGCCCAUCGUGGAAACCACUGGACAACUCUGCAGUAUGUAUGUCAGACCCUGUGGGACCAAAACCACCAGCUCACUACCAUGAUACAAACAGUUGCUAUGCGUGCAAUCUCCCCACCGCUGGUAAGGGCUGAUCAGCUGCCUGCCAUCUUCACCCCUCUUCUGGUGCUAGCCACUGAUCUUAUGCUGGACAUGCUGGAUAAACUAGAGGUUUGGAGUUUGUAUGAUCUCGACUUGACUGCUGAUGAGGUUGAGUCCCGUCUCCACUUCUCAGCCCCCCUCGAUGACUGCUUCCUGGUGGACUUGCGCUGGGUUCGAACUUUGGUGUUGCACACUCUUGAGCAACUUCAUGACUGUGGAAAAUGGGAAACCCUGGCACACUUUGCUUUACUUUACAACUCAUACACAAGGGAACGUUACGCCUUGACCAUAGUUCCUCUGUUGAUCCACUCUCAGAUUCAGCUGCUUGACAGAAUUUCUUCCUUUGGUGGACCUGCAGUCCCACAACCACAUCAUGUCAAGACGAAGAACACCACUGGGAAGGAAAUAACUAACAGAAGUUAUGCAGGCUGCCAGCUGCUCAGUGGGUGGACCUGGUACCCUGCACAGAAACAGCCCAUUCACAAAAAUGCAGCACAGGCAAAAUCGCUUCCUGAAGAUGCAUUUUCAUUGAAAGUUUCAGAUAAGCAGCUCUCCAUGUCGCUUGUGCGCGUUCCUCUUGACACGGAAGACACUCUGAGCUGUUAUCGUGAAGCCCUUGGCAAAAGACCACACUGUCUCCUAGUCCUCCAGCAGAGCCGUUCGUUGCUGGUGCAGCUUUUAGCGGGCACACAACCCUGCUUUGCAACGCAGUUGCCUCACUGUCAGAACAGAGGUCUCAGCCAUUCAACAACCCAAAUGAACCUGUGUGAGGAGGACUUUAGUUCUCCAAACGCCAUCUAUUGCCUUCCCAUCAGCCCUAACAGCAUACCAACUGUUGCUUCUGCAUACUCAAACUCCAUCAAGUACCUCCAGGAUAACGGUCAUGACUCCCUUAAAAUUUUAGCCCUGCAUGAAAUGGGAAACCUACACUUCUAUGCUGGAAACAUAAGUGCUGCACACUCAUGCUGGAGUAAAGCGGUAGACUGUGCCUUCCAGAGCUCUCGUGUCAUUCAGAAAUGGGACGGCGUUUCCUUCGAGAGCGGCUCCUCGCAAAACAGAAUGAAGCAAGCUGGCAUUUGGGGAUGUUUGCAAGGUGCUGUGCUCACUGCAAAGAUAGCACAGUUUGUUUUAAUCUCUGAUAUCAGCGAGCGCACAAAGUGUUGUCUGCUGUCUGCUCAUUUCUUUAAGUGUGUGCUGUGUUGCUCCAUGGCCCACCCUCGAUCAGACCUACAAUAUGCCUCGCACACCUUUGGGGAUGAACUGUUUCCUGGCAUCGACCUUUUUUCUGAGCCCCAUAGGCUUCAAGUCGGCACCACAGUAACAAGUCUUCACUUUGUUUGCCAUUGGCUCUUCACCACAGGCUACUACAUUACGCUUCUCCCAAUUCUAGCCCUGUACCUCCACUUAGUGGGGAGUGUGUGCAGAGAUGUACAGCGCCAUGCUGAAGCCAGGAUUCUCAAGGUCCGUGCUCUUACAGAGAUGUGCAUGUUUACUGAAGCCAUCAGAGAAGUUGUUCAACUCACUCAAGGAGCAGAUAUUAUUCUGCCUCCCGGACAUUACAUCACCAAAGCAAAUCUACGACCUUUGAGGACUUUCUGCAGCAACAAAUCUCUUCCUGAUAAUGUGGAGGCAUUGGAAGACCUUGUAAACUGUGACUUUACUUUGGAGGUCUGCACGUUGUAUGGUCCGACACUAUGCUCCAGAUUCAACCUCGCCCGUAUUCAACUGAUCUUAGCAAUCACCAAGUCUGAACGUGGCAGUCCUGUGUCAGAUUCUGAAGAAAGUGGUGGUAACAUGGAAAGCAGAGAGGUGGAUAUAGAACAUAAAGAGCAGGAGAUGCUAGAGACAGAAGGAUCGUCCCCAAAAGCAGAGAAACCAAAAGUUGUCACUCUUUGUAAUACGAAGGAAAAGCUAUCUCCGGAAAGGAUCAAGUUUAUUUUAUUGGAAGGAGCUUCCACCUUGUUGUCCUCUGCUAUGCAGCAGGUCACUUCUCAUAUCUGCAGCGAAGCUGAGAACCUGGAGUUGUCCGUGGAGUUCAACUUUCUUAAAGCCAACCUCUGUCUGCAGCAAGGAAACUUUGUUCUUAGCUCUGAGAUUGCAGUUUCAUCUUUGGUGUUGCUGCAGACAUCUCCUGUCAUUGUGCGACAGUCCCCUCCUGGGAGUAAACAGGAUGCCAAAGAGUGCAGUGAAUCAAACAUUCUGCAUGGAGACGAUCCCAGAGCUGUUGAAGCCUGUGAGAGAAUUGGAGUUUUGCUGUGGCUGCACUGCCGACUGAAUCUGGUCCACAGCCUGGCUGCUAACAUCUCUGGAACUGCAACUCUUUUUCCAGGUCUUAGAGGUAAAAACGUUAAUAAAGAAAUAGCUCGGCUGAUACAGGAGGGACUGGAUGAAUGUGUGCAAUGGGGAGACCAAGAUAUUCAAGCUCUGUUGAUGGUGGAAGCUGCAGAAUUUGAAGCACAGAGAGGCAGGAUGGAUGAGAGCAUGGCAAUGCUGCAGAAAGCAGUGAACUUGCUGUCAGGACAAACAUGUAUGCCACCUGGGUCCGUUCUGACUCUGGCUCGAGCCACGCUGUUGCUCAGUGACUUGGGAAAAGUACAGAGCAAAACACUUCUCCAACUGACACAGAAGCUCCUGGAAAAGCAGCUGUGCCUUUUCGGUCAAAAUGUAUCUUUGCUUGAUGGAAAUACAAGUUUCUCUCCACCUGGACCCAGAAACAUCUACCUCCCUUACCUGAACAUGCUGAACAGAAUCACUGUGCAGAUUGGUUCGAUCCUGAAUCUUGGCAACAUGGAAAGACCAGCAUCUGUCCAGUCACCACUGUCCACUCCCAGCUAGAGUCUGCAUCAGUACAAUAAGACUGAGAGAGAUUCUCAGGCAGUUUUCCCUCUGAGCAAUAGAAGCUCAUGAAUGGCAUGAGCUCUCAUCAUAAGACUAAUUGUCAUUUUGAGAGGCACGAAGUGUUUACUUCCUUUAGUAGAACCUAUGCAGUAAUUCAUCACAAGGUUUUUCUUUGUACUGCAUCACCACAAUGAAAUAACAUUUUGAAGGUUUAUGUUUCUUGUAUUCUGGAGCAUUUUAGAGAAAACAAAAGCUGCACCUCAAAACAGCAAAACUGUACAAUCCUAAUUUGAAGAAUUAAAAAUGUGGCCAGUUUUGAAACAUGCAGUUAUUAGGUUUAAGAGGCAGUUUCAUUUUCACAAAGGGCUAGGUAGAUUUUUAAUAACUUUUUCAAUUUAAUAAAUCAUUUGAAAAUAGCUUUAGGUAUUUACUCAGAUUAUCUUUGUUUAAUAAUAAAUCGUGUUUGAUGAUCUGAAACAUUUGUGAGACAAAAAAAAGCAAAAACAGAGAAAAACUGUAAGUGGGCAAAUACUUUUUCACUGCACUGUAUCUGCCUUGUCUGAAAAAAUAUUUGAUCACCUAAAACUCACUCAAUACAUCCGUUUGCUUAUUUUAUACUUCCAGAAUGGGGCGCAUAGUGGUUCGAUGGAGAAGGAGGUUGCGUACUGUUAAACCACCUCUUACCUUGCAAAAAAUAAAAUGUAUUAAUCUGUAACCUUGUAAAUAAAUAAUUUUCAAACUCUUA